AUCCUAGCUUGGCUCCACGUCUAUAAUCCAAUUUCCCCUUACAGCCAACCAUUGAACCGCACAUCUCUUCUCCUCAACUCACAGCUUCUCCAUCUGCGCGCCCUCACGAGCAAGAAAACAUCAAUGGCAGCAACUAUAGCAACAAUGGCCAUGCUCAACGCAAAGUGCUUGAGCAGCAGCGCCACCAAAAUGGCUAAUCCCACCAAGCCAACCGCGAAGCUUCAGAACCAGCUCCCAAAAGGACUUACCUUCUCUAAACCCAUUGAAAAUCCCAGCCUGUCAACUUCCCUAACAAGCACUGCCAUCGCCGGAGCAAUCUUUUCAACCCUGAGCUCUUGUGACGCGGCCUUGGCUGCCCAACAAAUCGCUGAGAUAGCCGAAGGUGAUAACCGUGGCCUAGCGCUGUUGCUUCCCCUUAUUCCAGCCAUAGCUUGGGUGCUCUUCAACAUCCUCCAGCCGGCUCUUAACCAAAUCAACCGCAUGCGUAGCUCCAAGGGGGUGAUCAUCGGGCUCGGGCUCGGCGGCUUGGCUGCAUCGUCUGGAUUCAUGUCAACGCCACAUGCAUCGGCUAGUGAACUUGCUACGAUUGCCGAUGCCUCUGCGAGCGACAGCAGGGGACAGCUUCUUCUCAUCGUUGUUGCUCCGGCCAUUCUCUGGGUCCUCUACAACAUUCUACAACCGGCCUUGAACCAGAUCAACAAGAUGAGGUCCGGGUGAUUUGUAUAAUAAUUUUGUGGGGGAUAAUUGGAACAAAGUAAUUUGUAAUCGUUCCUUAUGUUAAUGAACCUUUUUUCUUUUUGUUU